AUGGCCUCACAUAACUUACAAGGACACUCACCACGCGAUGCCAAAAUCAUUUCAUUAAUACUUUCCUCGGUGGGUGUUGAAGAGUAUGAGCCAAAGGUAGUUCAGCAACUGCUAGAAUUUGCACAUAGAUAUUCUGUAGACGUGCUGCAAGACGCAUUAAUAUAUUCGGAACACGCUGGUAGAAUAAAUGACCUUGAUUUAGAAGAUGUGAAAUUAGCCAUUCAAGGACGCGUCAACCAUUCGUUCACUUCACCGCCUUCAAAAGAGUUUUUAGUUGAAUUGGCCAGAGAAGUAAACAAAGAAAGAUUACCGAAUAUUCCGGAAAAAUAUGGAUUGCGAUUACCACCCGAGCAUUAUUGCAUGACAGCUGUCAAUUUUCAAUUAAUACCCGAGACACAAGAAUCACCAACACCACAGCAAACAUCAUCAUCUUUAUUUCAACAACAGUUUCUUCAAAGCCAGCAACAGCAACAACAGUUCCUCGGCCCUGAAGAUCCAACACCGCCAUCAACAAGUACACAAACUCCUUUCUCCACAACAAUGUUCAAUAAUGUUAACCAUAACGAUGAUGAGGAUUACGAUAAAGACAUUAUUACUAAUAGCAUUAAUAAUGACGAAGAUCAAGCAGGAAUAGAAAGAACUUUCAAACAAGAUGAUGAUAACUACGAUGAAGACGAUGAAGUUAAUCUCCAUAUCAGAAGAAAUGAUGAUGAUAACAAUGAAGACAAUGUUAUUCUAAAGUUUGAUCUUCCAUCGUCUUCAUUUUCAUCAUUCGUACAACAAUCACCACCAUCUCUGCCAUUACAAAAUCUGUCUAAUAAUGACGAAUUAUUCUCGCCAGCUAAUGAAGAUUAUGACAUGCAAGAAGCAGAAUCAACUACACAAAGUACCGUCACAAGUCCUGCGACUGUUGGCACUGAAGGAUACAAACGGCCGCGGAACGAAGAGGACGACAAUUACGAUUUUUAA